CAGAGAGAGAGAGAGAGAGAGAGAGAGAGAGAGAGAGAGAGAGAGAGAGAGAGAGAGAGAGAGAUUAUGGAUACAAAACAGACAACCAAAAUGAGAGUCCUGAUGCAACCAUGGCUAGCCCACGGUCACAUUUCACCUUACCUAGAGCUAGCCAAAAAACUCGCAAACAGAAACUUCACCAUUUACUUCUGUUCCACGCCAGUCAAUCUCACUUCCAUUCGAAAGAGAAUCACACAAGACCAAUCCCUAUUCAUCAAACUGGUAGAACUCCACCUCCCCUCCUCCCCUGACCUCCCUCCCCACCACCACACCACCAACGCCCUGCCGCCCCACCUCAUGCCCGCCCUCAAAUCCGCCUUCGAUAACUCUGUCCCACAAUUCUCCGCCAUCCUCAAAACCCUAAACCCUGACUUAGUCAUCUACGACUACAACCAGCCGUGGGUCCCCACCAUAGCCGCUGAACUCGACAUCCCGGCGGUGGAAUUCUUAACCCCCGGCGCCGCCAUGUGUUCCCUCUCCCUCCAUAGGUACAACAAACCCGGAGUCGAAUUCCCAUUUCCAGAAAUUCAGCUCAAAGUAUUCUUCCAAACCCGAUUCCGCCGGGCAGUAGAGGAGACUUUCCGCGAGGGGAACACGAUCCAGGGUCCCCUCACGGCCAUGGAAAAUUCAUUCAAAAUUAUCUUGUUCAAUACUUGUAGAGAAUUGGAAGGGAAGUACGUGGAUUAUCUCUCGAUUUUGACCGGAAAGAAGAUUGUCCCCGUUGGUCCACUAGUUCAAGAAGUUGUUAACGAAACAGAGGAAACAGAGGUCAUGAAUUGGCUUGGCAAGAAAAACGAUUCCUCCACUGUUUUCGUUUCCUUCGGAAGUGAGUUUUUUCUAUCCAGGGAGGAAAUACAAGAGGUGGCUCACGGGUUAGAGAUUAGUGGGGUAAAUUUCAUAUGGGUUGUUAGGUUUCCAGUGGGAGAGACGACCAGGGUUGAAGAGGCACUGCCUAAGGGUUUCCUUGACAGGGUUGGAGAGAGAGGAUUGAUUGUGGAGGGAUGGGCCCCACAGGCCCAAAUCCUGGCCCACUCAAGCACCGGCGGCUUUGUGAGUCAUUGCGGUUGGAAUUCUGUACUAGAAAGUUUAAAUUUCGGCGUUCCGAUUAUAGCCAUGCCCAUGCAGUUGGACCAGCCACCAAAUGCUAGGCUGGUGGAGGAGUUGGGCAUGGCUAUGGAGGUGGAGAGAGAAGAGGAUGGGAGGCUCAAUAGCCAUGAGAUUGCAAAAGUGAUAAGGAAGGUUGUGGUGGAGGAAAGUGGAGAGGGUAUGAGAGUCAAAGCAAAAGAAUUUAGCAAUAAUGUAAGAUUGAGAGGGGAGGAAGCCAUAGAUGAGUUGGUGGAAGAGUUGGUGCGGCUUUGUAAGGAAAAGAAUUUGGUCAAAAUUAAGAGUAGCCAACUUUAUUGAGAGGAGGGAGUUUAAGAUUCUUGAUUUGCGCUGUGAUUUUCUUAGUUUCUAUGUUUUUUUUUUUAUGAGUGUUUCAUUUUCUAAUUGCGGCCAUAGGUGGUAACGUCGUCGUUGUAUUUACGUGCGAUCGGGGAAAAAUAUUCAGUACACACUUGUCGUCGAUUACGAUCAUCCUAAGGUUAUUAUGUAUGAAAAAUCAUAUAAAGUAUCUUGUUACGAGA